UGUCACCCUGUACACGAUUGUUCAAUACGUGACAACGGCAGUCAAAUUAACCGUUUUGCAAGGGAAAAUUUAGCUGGCUUUUGGUGAAACAAAUCGUGUUGUUACGAUGAGUGCAUAUCGUUGGUUUUAUUCUGCUGCUGCUCUGAUCGUUGGCCUCAUAGAGACCAUCCUUUCUAGUCUAGGGAUUGAUGUUAUGAAAACACCUAUCCUAAAAAGUCUCCCCGGCAUAUUGGAUCCUCGCGAAAAGCAGUGCAACAGUAAUGAUAGCGUGAACAGGGCGGAGGUUGAUUAUAUGGCCAAAUUGGUGGACCUCUGGUGGAACGUCGAUGGAAUAGCAAAAAUGUUGCACACUUUCAAACAAGUGCGUAUCAAUUAUUCGCAGCAUUCCUCUUGUGGUGGAUGGUCUGAUAGAGACCGGUCGAAUCGAAGGCACCAAACGUGGCCGGCCGGAUGUGCUGAAAGGAGUGCGCAUACUGGACGUCGGAUGUGGUGGCGGUAUCAUGGUCGAAGACCUGGCCAAACUGGGAGCCACGGUGGUAGGUAUUGAUCCGUGCGAAGAAUUAAUACUGCUCGCUAGAAAGCAUCUCGAAACGCAAGCUCCCGAACUGGCCGUUCAGUAUCACAGAGAAACGGUGGAAGAGCACGUUAAAGUCCAUGGCGCGAUUUACGAUGCAAUCGUUUGCUCUGAGGUGAUGGAGCAUGUCGACGAAAAAGUUCCCAUCCUCGAAGCGUGUGCUAAGUCUUUGAAGCCCGGUGGUUCAAUGUUUGUAACGACGGAAAAUCAAACCUUGGUAGCAUGGUUCGUGUAUAUAAUUGUGCCGGAAUAUGUUCUCAACUUUAUCCCACGUCUGUGCCACUUCUACGAAAAGUUCAUCAGCCCGGCCAAAAUAUCCAGUAUGCUAUCAACAUUUGACUGUACAACCAUUGGCGUGAAGGGAUACUUCUACGAUCGAUUCGAUAACAGCUGGACCUUCGUGGACGAUGAUCGUGUCAACUAUGGAUUGCAUGCAGUGAAAGCCUAGAGUCAAUGAGGCGCAAGUGUGAAAUACAUCUCCGUCGUUCAUGUUCGAUACCAACAACAUUUU